AUGCUCACAUGCUUGCUUCUGCCGACAGGGCCACUUGCCAGCCAUCUCCGGAUCGACCACACGACUCUGGAUCCCGACGAGUGGUACAUUGUCAACGUGUGGUUCCAAGGCCGGUUCUACUCGUCCGUGGCGACGCUGAUGCAGCUGUUCCACUCGGGCCAGCUCAGCUUCUCGCCGCGGCCGUUUGUCGAGCUGUACCCCGAAGAGACGAUGGAGGCGGCUCGCGCGGCCGCCAACCGGUCGCUGCCGUCGGCCGAAAACACGACUCGAACCGCUGAAACGCCGCCAACGGCAACGGCAACGGCGACGGCGACGGCGACGGCGACUGGACCGGCGUGUCCCGGCGACGCGUGGGGCAUGUCGAGACGGCGUCUGUCGGUGCAGGGCCGGCAUGUGCGUUUCAUGGACUGGGAGGUGGACCUGGCGGUGCGCCGGGAGACGGGCUUGCGUCUCUUCAACGUCCACUUCGCCGGCGUCAGUCUGGCCGCCGAGGCGGGCCUCGACGAGACGGUGACGCUGUACUGGGGCGAGUCGCCGUUCUUGCGCCAGAUGACCUCGGUCGAGUCGAUGUACGGCGUCGGCGAGAUGCUGUCCGAGCUGGCGCCGGGACUCGACUGUCCCCGACACGCCGUCUACCUGCCCGUCCGGUUGGUGGCGGCUCAGUUGGGCCGCGGUCCGCGUCAGUUGCGUCAGGGCGUCUGUCUUUUCGAGUGGUUGGCCAACGCCAACGGCGCCCCCGAACGGCGACACUUUGAGCUGUCACCGACGACGCCGACGCCGACGGCGACGGCGACGGCGACGGCGACGCCGGCGGAGAUGGGAUUCGCGUCGGGCGUGUUGGGCCGAGCGUUGGUCAUCCGGACGGUGUCGUCGCUGUUCAAUUAUGACUACCUCUUCGACGUCUACUUGCACGCGUCGGGCGUCAUCGAGUUCGCCGUCACGCCGACCGGCUACGUCCACGUCGAGGCGAGCCACGAGGCCGGCCCGUCUCGACGUCGCCGUCGACGCAGCUUCGGCUACGGCUACAAGUCGCCGCGAUUCCCGCUGCUCUUCGCCAUGCACCACCACCUCUUCCACUUCAAGCUCGACCUCGACGUCGGCGGGACUCGCAACUUUGUGCAAACCGUGCGCGUCUACGGCGACCAGUCGGACAGUCGACCCGACCUGUCGCCGGCCGAGUUGGACGCCGUCACCGUUGACGACGACGACGACCGGAUCGAAGGACGCGACGCCUGGUUGCUGUGGAUGCACUCGACAGUGCCGCAGGCCGAGCUACAGGCUCGCUACACGCACAACUUCAAUUUGCCCACGCAGUUUCUCGUCUGCCAGACGGCGAAGCCGACGCAGACGCUGACGCCGACGACGAGGCUGGAGGAGGAGGGGGCGGCGGUCGACGGCUUUGGGCUCAACGACGGUCGCUGCGUCGAGCUCAUCAACAAAGGCGCCAUUCGCAGCCUCGUCGACAAGGAGCACAUGCGCUCGUUCAGCUGGGCCCAGUGA